AUGGCUGGAAGGAAUGACGCUGCAAUGGCUGCCGCAAUGCAAGCGAUGGCACAAGCUGUGCAGAACUUGCCAAAUGCUGGUGGAGAUGCUGGAUCACGUAGCUUGGCGAAUUUUCAAAGAGAGAAUCCGCCGGUGUUUAAAGGGAAGCAUGAUCCAGAUGCAGCCUUGGGAUGGUUGAAAGAGAUCGAGAGAAUCUUCCGUGUUAUGGAUUGCACUCCAGCUCAGAAGGUUCGGUAUGGUACUCACAUGCUAGCAGUCGAAGCUGAUGACUGGUGGCUAGAGACUCACGAGAGGUUGACCGUGGCAGGUGAAGUCAUUACUUGGGAUGUAUUCCGUAGGGAAUUCAUGAGAAAGUAUUAUCCGGAAGAUGUCCGUGGUAAGAAAGAAAUUGAGUUCCUUGAGCUGAAGCAAGGAAACAUGUCUGUCACUGAUUAUGCUGCAAAAUUUGUGGAGUUGUCCAAAUUUUAUCCUCAUUACACUGGUGCUGAUGCUGAAUUUUCAAAGUGCAUCAAGUUUGAAAACGAAGACAAUAAUGCUCAUUACAAGAUUGUCAGUGACCGCAGGGGCAAGCAACAUCAAAACCGUGGCAAGCCGUAUGAUGCUCCAGUGGGAAAAGGGAAACAAGGAGCUGCUCCGGCUCAGAGGACUAGUAGGGGAGGUGCUCCUGCUGGUAUAGUUUGCUUCAAAUGUGGUCAGGCUGGUCAUAAGAGUAAUGUAUGCACUGCUGAAGUAAAGAGGUGUUUUCGCUGUGGUAAGACUGGCCAUGCAAUAGCUGAUUGCAAGCACAAGGAAAUGAUUUGUUUUAAUUGUGGCGAAGAAGGGCAUAUUGGAAGUCAGUGUCAGAAGCCAAAGAAAUCUCAAACUGGAAAGGUGUUCGCAUUGACCGGAACUCAAACCUCCAGUGAGGACAGACUUAUCCGAGGUACAUGUUUCAUAAAUGGUACUCCUUUAAUUACUAUUAUUGAUACCGGUGCUACACACUGUUUUAUUUCUGCUAACUGUGCUCGAAGACUGGGUUUAAAAUUGUCCGCUUUGGAUGGUGAAUUGAUUGUUGAGACCCCAGCUAAGGGAUCAAUAACUACUUCUUUGGUAUGUUUAAAAUGUCCUUUGUCGAUCUUCGAUAAAGAUUUCUAUGUUGAUUUAGUAUGUUUGCCGUUGGAUGGCAUGGAUGUAAUUCUUGGUAUGAACUGGUUAGAGUAUAAUUAUGUUCAUAUAAAUUGUCAUCAUAAGUCGGUGAGGUUUUCCACUCCUGAAGAGGAAGGAGUUGACUUAUUACCUUUCAGAGAAUUGCGAAAAUUGAUGAAA